AUGCAAGCGCACCUAAUGCCUCCAGUCGAACGGCUUCGGAUCUUCUGCACUAUCUCGUCUGCUUACACUGCUCGACCACGCACGUCAUUCGUACUCCAACGGAAUGGAUUCAAGCCAGAACGGACGAGAGCUGUCGUUCAGCGAGCACAACUGUCGGGACACAGUGUACUGCGAUACGAUCCCCAUCGCCAGAUCGACUAUCGUGGCACCGAUCCUCUGAGCCUGAAGGAUGCUACUGAGGCAAGUCAAAGCUCUGUUGAGACAGCAACAUUGACUGGUCCUCGCCUCGAUCAGACAAGCCAUACCCAAGACGACAAGCUGAAGGUGGAUUCCGAAGUUAAUGGACGAGAAGGAGAAGGGGAGAAAGCCGACGAAGAUGCCAAGGAUCAUAAGAGCUUAGCAGCAGCAGCAGCCAAACUGAUAGAAGUCUUGCAUAUGCACCUCGUUUUGACCACAGUGCUCGGCGUGAUUGUUUUAGCCUUUACCAUACACGCCACUUACCAAUGGGCUGAGGCCGCAAGCAGGGUGAAAAGCAUGCAUCUACUUGUCGAAGGGUUACAGGAUAAGGAGUUUGAGGCAGAGAAGCGCAAGCUGUUGCGGACGAGGGAGGCAAAGCUGAUCGAAAGGGAAAUCGAGCAGAUCAAGUGGGAAACAACAUGUUCCGCUGCAGAUUUGCGAUCGCCGCCGGAGAUAGCUGCAAUUCGGUAG